AUGGAAGGGAAAGGCGAUACAAAGGAAACGAUUGUGGAGGAAUCAACGGCGAUCGUGAAGAAUGAAUGGACCUUCUUCAACCCCGCACAGAAACUGAAUCGAGACAUAUCUGUAGAGGUCAUAAAGGAAUGCUUCAAGGAUAAGGACACAGUCAGGAUUCUGGACGCAAUGUCUGCAACAGGGUUGCGGGGGAUAAGGUACCUCAAGGAAAUAAGUAACUCUACAGUUUAUCUGAAUGAUAUUUCCCAAUCGUCGAUCGACGCCAUAAAGUCAAACAUGUUGUUGAACGGGAUUGGAGAGGUGGAAUACUUUGAGUCAAAUUUGCAGGACAUCAAAGCAAGCGGGAGGUCAAGAGCCAAUAUCAUCAGGUCUGACUGUAAUGUUCUUAUGGGCUCUUUGCCUUGCUUCUUCGAUGUCAUUGACAUAGACCCUUUUGGAAGCUGCUCUGAAUACAUAGAUAAUGCACUGCGAGCAAUCAGGCACAAGGGGAUUAUAUGCCUUACUGCAACAGACAAGGGAGUCUUGUGUUCCAACGAGAAGAAGUGUCUCAUCAAGUAUUCUACGGCGAUCAUGAGAGGAAUAGGGAUGAAUGAAACACCGCUAAGAACCAUUGUGUCCCUUGUAUCGAGGCAGGCAUCGAAGUUUGGAUGCAGUGUGGAGCCUGUGAUGUCUCUGAGCAUUGACUUCUAUGUUCGGAUGUUCCUUCGUGUAAUAAGAAGAAAUCCAAAAUCUGUGAUUGAGAGAAACAGCCUUGUGCUGAUGUGCAGCUGCCACAACAUCGCUGAAAUAAGUGGUGGGCAAAAGGAGAUUGACAAUAGAUGCGGCAAUUGCAGCAGGAGAAUGAAGUUGUGUGGGCCGUUCUGGAAUGGGCCUUUGAAUGACAUGGACACCGUCAGAAAUGUUUUGAAUGGUGCGGAUGAAAGUAACAAGAGGCUUGUUGGAGUCCUAAGGUAUCUAGAGCAAGAGUUACCAACUAUGUUUUAUUAUGAGAUUCCAAGGCUGUGCUCUAUCCUAGGGAUUAGCACUAUCAAGCAAUCAAGGUUGAUGCAUGCUUUAGCAAACAUGGGAUAUCUGGUAUCUUAUACACACGCCGAGCUGAAUGCAAUCAAGACGGAUGCACCAAUUGAUUUGAUAAACAGGGUGCUACUGCUGAAUGACUCAGAUGACCAAGAAAAGAUAAAGGAGGCAGGAGUAAAGUUCGAUGGGAAUGAAAGUGUAAAGGCCCUUGAGGCCAAAGAGCUCUUCAAGGGUCUUCUGAGAUCUGGAAUGGGUCCUCUUUCUCUUCCCAGAAGGCAUUAA